UUGUAUGAACAGCGCUCGCAAAAGACCGUCUUCUUGAAUAGAAGUAAAAUGGCGACACAAAAUGAGGUUGGAAGUACUGAAGUGACUUUUGAGAAACCCGACCCAUACACCGACAUAGAGCUGCUAGUGGAGGGGAAAGGUUUGUACUGCAACAAAACCAUGCUGUCAUACGCGUCACCGGUUUUUGCUAAAAUGUUUCACGGAGAAUUUACGGAAAAGGAUCAAACGAAAAUAUCGCUUCCGGAAAAGAAGUAUGAUGACUUUCGUUCGUUUCUUUUGUGCAUACACCCUGGAACACUAGAAGAUAUAACAGACAAAAAUGUGGAUAUAAUAGUGCCUCUUGUGGAUGAGUACCAAGUGAUUCAUCUUAAGAAAAAAUGCGAUUGUUUCCUGGAAAAAACAAUAACUCAAUUGGUUGAAAACAAAAAGGACGGUUUUAGAGGGAAACUUGUCCAUUACCUUCAACUGGCUAAUAAAUAUAACUUGAUCAGAACAUACAAGAAGGCUGUUGAAUCUAUAGCCUCUCAGCCUUUCAAAUAUAUGAAACCCGAGCUUAAUAAGGCGAAGAUAAGUGACCAAUUAAAACUCGAAAUUUUAACGUUGCGCGUAGAAGGUCUUGAAUCUAAAAAACUGUCCGUGUAUUGUUAACGUGUACACGUAUCCAGUUAUUAGGCAUUUUCACCCGCUGAAAGCAAUCAUGAGAUCACCAAAAAACCCAAAGACACCUACCAUCUCCUAACUAGACAGCUGCAGGUCACACUCUUUCGUCUCCGCACUGGACAUAACAGGUUGAACUCACACAUGCACAGGAAGUUCCGCCUUACCUCCUCGCCUAUAUGCACAUGCGGUCAAGAAGACCAGACAACAGAGCACAUCCUCCAGAGAUGUCCGCAGCAGCAGAAGACCAGGGAGGAGAUCUGGCCUCACCAAGAAUCUCUUGCUACCAAGCUCUGUGGCAACAAGGAGGACCUAGAGAGGACGAUGCUCUUCAUCGUACGAUAAAAUUUAGUAGUAUAGUCCGCGAACGCAAAGAAGAAGAUGAAGAAGAACCCGCUGUUAAAAUCAGUGCACCAUCCAGACGUGUACUAUAUCAAAGUUAGAUGUUUUGAACCUCAAAUUGGGGGCAUGAUGAACCGAAGUGUAUCAAUGACAACCAACUGGUUUUAUGAAUCAAUUAGAUUGCUGUAAGUGUAAAAUUAUCAGACAACUUUCACGCGACCAGCAAGAAACUCAAUGUUAGCGAAACAACUAAACUGUGUUGUACCAGGAGUCGACCCAUUACCUUUCAUAAUUUUUGUCUACUUUAUAUCCUGUUAAAGCCGCAAACCCUAGUUAUUAGGUAGUGUAAAAUAUUUUAUAUUUGGCUAGUAUGUAGCUUUUUACCGUUUACGUACACACUAUAAAAUACAAUUGUUUUUGCUUAAGUUAUCAUUGGUUUGUUGGCGGGACGUAGCCCAGCGGUAAAGCGCUCGCUUGGUGCGCUGUCGAUUUGGGAUCGGUCCUUGUCGGUGGGCCCAUUGGGAUACUUCUCGUUCCAGCCAAUGCAUCACGACUGGUAUAUCAAA